AUGACUGAAUUAAAAGCACUGAUUCCAAAAUCAUCUGAUAUUGAUGUUUUAACAUGCGAUGAUGGCUCUGAUUUCAAAGAGACAACAGAAUGUCCGGAAGACAAUGAGGACCAGCCACAGAUUGAAGAUGUUGAUAUAGAGGCUACCGAAGAUAUUGAAAAUCUCGAUGAUGACUUCAACAGGAUAAUAGCAUCAAUUAUAUCUAUUGACGCUGAGGCUAUAGAAUUUGAGAUUCCUGAACAAUUCAACAUCACCACAGUAAUAGAGAAUAUGAAAUAUGAAAAAGAAAAAUCAUCUACAGGAGUACCAGAAGCAUGUUUAGCAAAAUAUUAUCGAUUGUCUCAUGAGUUCACUACAAGUGCAGAUUAUACAUUAAGUUGUAUUGACUUGUUUGGAGAUGAAUGUUCAUUUUCUGACCAUCACCGCAUUGUUUGUUAUAAUAUUGUUGAAGCAAUUAGACUAUUCUAUUUGAAACAAAAAGUUGACCUUUUGAAAAUUACCAAAGGAAAUAUACCAAAACGCCAAGUUACUGAUGCAUCGAGAGCACGGAUCAGAUAUGUUGCAGGUUAUUGUCUUGCAUCUUUGAGAAAGAAAUACACUAAAAUUCAACACAGUAAUUUGUAUUCUAAAACAAAAGAAGGUCAAGACAUUUACAGUGAAGCCAAAUGCACUGUCUCAAUCCUUAAUACAUUAAAAGAAGAGGAACACUAUUUAAAGGCCAAUACAAAUGAACCUGAAUCACUUCUUGAUGUUGAAAGAAGACAAUAUUCAUCAAGGGGCCUAACAAAUGUCACUGAUAGUCUGUUCAAUUUCUUUGUUAAGUUAACAGAGGAGUGUAUGGCAGUUUUUGUACAUGAAAAUCUAAUGACAUUUGGAAAAUCAAUGUACAAUAUGUGUCUUGAUCACAUAAAGCAAAACCAGAGUUUGUAUCCACUUUUCAUUUCUGUGGUUGUGAACAGUUGCUCAAUGGCAGGAGUUGUUGAAUUUGAUGAAGAUCAGGAUAUCAACAGUAUUCUUGAAAAAAUGGUUCUGAUUUCAUCACAGACAUGCAGUAUAUUCAAUGAAUUGAUACAAAAAUAUCUAAUGGUUUUACUAUCACAAUUCCGUAAGGACUUUAAAUCAUCCCUUAGAGUCGAAAAAACGAUGGCACAUCGCAAACAAAUUAAGGUUUCUAAGCAAAGUAAGGAUAAAAGUAAAGUGUCAGAGACAAUUCCUUCAAAGCGCCAAAAGGUCGCAAAAACUCGUACAAAGACAGGAUCUAUCCACACUAAUGAGCCACACAUUGGCCCAAUUGAGGAGUCACAACCAUGCCCUUUAAAUGAGCCACAACCUGGUCCAUCGAAGGAGCCACAGCCAGGUCCGUCUACUGAGCCACAGCCAGGUCCAUCAAAGGAACCACAGCCUGACCAUACACAUGAAACAAUAUCUGAUGAUACAGAUUUGUGCCAAAAGUGUUUUUCGGAAAGAGAAGAGGAAUGGAUCCAAUGUGAUUCAUGCAAUAGUUGGUUCCACAGACAGUGUGCUGGAUUAAAAAAUCAAAGACUAUGGAAAAAAUUCAUUAAAGAUGAAAUUUCUUGGUUUUGCAAUUGUUGCAAAUAA